AUGUAUAUGAUGAAUCCCGCGCAGAAUUCGCAAAAUAUGCAGCUUGAUUUAUCAACAUUUUUUCAAUUGUCACGGAAGAAACAAAGACGGAUACUGGGGCAGCAUUUAUAUCCGAUGGUUUAUAGUAUAUACCCGAAUUUUAUGCCUCACAAGCUCACGGAUAUCCUACUGGAUAUAAAUUCUACUGGACUAUUGGUUUCUAUGCUAAAUGAUCUGGAGUUGUUCCAUCUCAAACUCAAGGAUGCUGUCAACGUGCUUCAAACUUAUUAUGCUAUGGUGAAAAGUACCAUUGAGGAAUCACAAUGA